UCCACCGUCAUGCCCAUCUCCCACGAGCAUUGUCUCAUAUAACCCCAGACCCUCUUCGCUCUGCGGCGCUAUACGACCCACAUACACUGUCGACUGAUACCCACCACUUCUACUUUUUCUACACACACUACACAGACACCACUCAUUCCGCAGACUGAAGCGAUGCUCGACAGCGAGAAGCAAACAGACGACAUCCGCGAGGAGAAUCCCCCAGACCGCGAGAGACCUGGGGGACAGAUCGUCUCAGAGUGGCGGGAGGGCAAGGAUAUGGUGAUUGAGAUACAGAGGGCGUCAGGCGAGGACGUCGAGGUUGUCGUGGUCAAGAACGCCUACUGCCCGAAGGCGAAGCAGAGCAGCAGGGCCCUCAGCCCCAAGAGCACAGAACUGAAGCGCCAGGACUUCAUCGAGCGCUGCAAGCAUGCCGUCCACCAUGCCGAGCAGGCCGUCAAAGACAGUAUGCACGCCGGGGGUUGCUCGAGGCCGGUGAACAGUGUCGACGAAUGACUGACAACAGUGGCAUGAGAAGGCGAACAGAGUUUGGAGUGGCUGGAUUGUUUUGAUACCCCGGUUAUCCAACACAUGUGCAGCAGAUCGCAGGCAUUUUUUAACGUUUUGGGCUCUUAAGGGUAAUAUAUGAUGUUGGAGCACUUAUACAGAGUCAGGGGUAUGAUCUCGUUAUGUUAUAUUUGAUCCAGUGGGAUGCGACAGACACUUCGUAUGCAAGGUAUCAGCACAGGGGUCAAUGAAGAUGACGGGGUGAGAUAAGAUAGCCCUAGGCGGAGAAGAUGGAAGAUUGAAAAGAUGGAAGGGGCGGAUGCCUGAAGAGACCAGAAGGCACAUGAGCGUUCGUUACUUUUCAUUAGAAAGGCACAUUGAAAACGCCAUCAAUGGCGAUGCAGCGGCACGCAGAAGGAACAGACGGCCCGCUCAUCUCCCCGACAGGGCAGAAAGGAUCCCUGGCGCGCCGACGACCAUCCCGACUCCGGAAGCGACAGCGACAGUCACAGCGGUGCCGGCCAGCACGUAUGGCCAGUGAUUCUCCGAUUCCCGCGCGGUUUGUGGUGGGGGCGACGGCUCAGGAGAGAACGAGGGGUGGACAUAUAUUCCAUCGAAGGCGCGCAUUUCGUGUGCUGCUGAAAGCUCUGGCAAGUUCUGGUGUGGUGUUCAGCUCUCCUGCUCUGGGACACGUUGGCGCUGCUACUGCCAAGGGUCUAGGGCCCGGCGAUACGUCGCUGUGCACGAGAAGGCGUCGUGAGUCCUGCAAUGUUCUCAGCGGUCGCUGGCUCUCUCUGCCUCGGUCCUUUGUAUCCUUCUUCGUGCGGAACUGGCGGCUGGCCCAGGAUUAGGCCUCUCAGUCCGGGACAGAACGGCGAGCGAGG